ACAUUCCGUUUCGAAAUUUAUGAGUUACAGCUAACAAGCCGCCGUCAUCCGUCGUCGGAGGUGCAGGCGGCGGCAGCGAGCAGCGCGCGGCCGGCGACCCCAACACGCCGGCCUCCACAGCCGGCCGCGCGGCCGCGUCUGCGUCUGGCGGCGGCGACCUCGCUCCGAUGGUCGGGAUGUACCAGCACCAGCUCCACGACGACCCCUUCGGUGCCCUAGGCGGCCACUGCGGUGGCGAGCCACGGCUCGCGGCCGCCGGUGCCUCCUCCCCCUCAUCGCCGGCUUUCGCCCCGCCGCUUGCGCAGGCGCAUGGCGGCGGCGAGCCGCGGCAGCUGUUCGAGGCGCUCGCCGGGGGGAGCCUGCUGCGCGGCGCGGCGGGUGGGGAUCUGGGGGAGAUGGUGCGGUGGAUGCGGGAGCUAGCCACGGAUCCCGUGUCGGCGCGGCCCGCGCCGGCGGAGGACAGGGCAAGGAAGCGGCAGGUGCGGGCUUUGCGGCGCGCGCGCUACCUCAGGAUGGAGGACGUGGCGGACGCAGAGGAGCUCCCCAGCUUCGCCAGGAAAAGGAAGCACAAAGCUCACAAUAACCACUGGGGCAAACAAAAAAUGAAAGGGUGCAUGAAUAUGCCAACAAGGAAAUCGGAGAGGCUAGCCAAGAGAAUGAAGCUCAUGGCAUCAUUGCUCCUUACACAGCGGAAAAAGAUUGGAGUAGGUGAGCACUUUCAGGCGGAGGUACCUGUCUGGACUGGGCAGCCUUCAAGGGAAGAACUUUCAUGCUACAGGAGUGACCCAGAUACAUCAAAGAUGCUAGGAACUAGAAUUUGGCCUCACGAAGGUGAAGUUUACAAAACCAAUAUUGCAGUUGCUGGCCAGGGAAGGCCAGAAUCAUGUAGUUGCCCCUAUCCGGGAUCCUUCUUCUGCAGACAGCACCACAUUAAUGCAGCGAGAGAUCGGCUACGGUCUGAACUUGGUCAAGCGUUCACAGAAUGGCAGUUUGAUUUGAUGGGUGAGGAGAUUUCUGAGUUGUGGAGUCGUGACGAGCAACUAAAGUUUAAUGCACUUGAGCGAUUGGUUCCUGUUAUGGACCAUAAGACAUUUUGGGCAGUUGCGUCAAAACAUUUUUCCUCAAAGCCCAGGAUAGAUUUGGUAAAGUACUACUUGAAUGUGUUCCUGAUGAGAAGAGUGCUGAGCCAGUGCAGAUUGAGUCUUCUGGAAAUUGAUAGUGAUGAAGACGAAGUGGAAGAGGAGGAUGAAGAUCAACCUGAAGGCUCCAGCUCUCUUCAGAGGACCCAAGAUGUCCAGGAUAUAAAGAAGGAUUCAUGAUUUUGUUGACAGCUGCCUGACAUGCUUUUCUGCAUGUGCCCAUUGUUUUCGUUUAUGUUGAGAUACCCAUUGCAUCUAGUGGUGUAGCAUUGCUCCAAGUGAUCGUAAUCUGAGCAUAAACAAGUUGAGCCAUCCUCUGUGAGCAGAAACUUAAUCGAGUGUCAAAUCAUUUUCUAUGCCUCUCUCAAGGCAAGCAAUCAGUUGCAACUAGCUCAUGUGAGCUAAAUUGUUCCCGUUGUACAAGAAAAAAUCAAAGAAAAAAAGGAGGGGGAAGCUAGAAGUGAAGGAACUGUUUUGUUACCCUUUUUUCUUGAGGGUCGAUGUAAGGCUUUUAACCAAGCCAGUAUCUCAUCUGAUGCUUUCAGCAACCAUUUGACCCGUAAAUCAUGUAAGGCUUUUAACCAAAAGCCACUAUCUCAUCUGAUGCUUUCAGCAACCAUUUGCCCUGUAAAUCAUAUCUCGGUGCAGAGAGGUAUUCUCCUUACGACACGGACGCUGCCUCCUGCGGAAUGAUUUAUGCACCUCAUUUUCUUGCUGUGAGCAAGAUUCA